AUGGAGGCCUACAUCCGACGUCACCAGGCCAAGAAGCUUGCCUCCGGAGCGAAACAGGAAGACCUUGAUAUCAUGCUCAAGUUCCCAGAGCCCGAGCCGCCAAGCCGAGAGCUGUCGCCACGUCAAGCGGAAGUGAUCUACGGAAACCGUCUCUGUGAAUACGAACUCAAGGAGAUUCAUGAUUACAAGCAAGUCUACUACGUCGGCACCCUAAACAAGCACAUGGCAACGCUCAACAAGGCAGCGAACAAUUACGGAUAUGAUGACGAGCGCGGUGACUAUCUUGUCACCAAUCACGAUCAUCUAGCGUACCGCUAUGAGGUGAUCGACCUUCUCGGGAGGGGUUCUUUUGGCCAAGUGCUGCAGUGCAAGGAUCACAAGACAGGCAAGUUCUGCGCCAUCAAGCUGAUUCGGAACAAGAAGCGGUUCCACCACCAGGCUCUCGUUGAAGUUAAGAUCCUUGAAAAUCUGGCAAACUGGGAUCCGGAUGAGCAAUACAAUGUCAUCAAGAUGACGGAGUCAUUCUACUUCCGCAACCACCUGUGCAUCGCGAUGGAGCUCCUCAGCAUCAACUUGUACGAGCUUAUCAAAGCGAACAGCUUUGCAGGCUUCUCGACGCGCCUCAUUCGGCGAUUCACAAUCCAAGUUAUCGCCUCCCUUAUCCUCAUGCGAAAGCAUCGGAUCGUGCACUGCGACCUGAAGCCAGAGAACAUUCUGCUCAUGCAUCCCCGCAAGAGUGCCAUCAAGGUAAUCGACUUUGGUUCGAGCUGCUUCGAGAAUGAGAAGGUGUACACAUACAUCCAAAGUCGAUUCUAUCGUUCGCCAGAGGUCAUUCUCGGCAUGAACUACCACACUGCGAUCGACAUUUGGAGUCUGGGGUGCAUCAUAGCGGAGCUAUAUACCGGAUACCCCAUUUUCCCUGGCGAGAACGAGCAGGAGCAGCUGGCAUGCAUCAUGGAGGUGUUUGGCGUACCAGAGAGGUAUUUGAUCGAGAGAAGCUCCCGCAAAAAGCUCUUCUUUGACUCGACAGGCGCCCCUCGGCCCGUGGUGAACUCGAAAGGAAAGCGACGUCGCCCCGCGACGAAAACUCUUCAGCAGGUUCUCCGAUGCAGUGACGAGCUUUUUGUUGACUUCAUUGCCAAAUGCCUCCACUGGGAUCCUGAGCGCCGUCUCAAACCUGAGCAGGCCAUGAAACAUCCCUGGAUCAUUCAAGCGCGUCGGGGUGUACACCAAAAUGGCUGCGUGGGCCUGAACGCGUCGCCCAUGCUUGGUCCAUCCAGCGCGGUGCUACCGCGCAAGACUAGCCUAAUUGCAUCAUCCAGCUCCCCCGCUCGGUCGUCACGCACGUCCUUUACGGGCUCAGUUGGCCCCAGCGCAGCCGCAACAAUGGUCACCCCUCGCGCGAGUCACGCAUUCAAUGUCGGCAGCAGCAGCGGCAGCACCGUUCCUCAAGGCUCGCUGAGGACACCUCGGCAAGCUGUCCACUCGUGA